AUGGGUUCCCUUACCAACUCCUACAAGUCCCUCUGCUCCUUCAUCGAUAAAGCCGCUAAGAAGCGCGAGACCACGAAGACUGACUCCUCAUUUGCCGCCAAAAUUACCAAAAAUUCCAGGACCAAGAAGAUCGGCCGCAUCGAGAACAGGCUUAAGGAAUCCAGCGGCGAUUUGUCGCUCUUCAAGUUCAAGUCCAGUGUCGUCAUUGCCCUCGUCCUCUUCGUCAUCUUAGGGCUACUUAGCUCGAUGUUCGAGGGAAAGAUAGUGGCAAAAUUACCCUUCAAGCCCUUUGGGUUGGUGAUGAAGAUGACCCACAGAGGGCUGCAAGGGGAGGAUGCGACAUACUAUUCAAUGGUUGGUGAAAUCCCAAGCUGUAUUGGAAUCCCUAAAAACCUUCGGGAAUCCCAAAAUUUUGGUUCGGUUUGGUUUUGA